AUGGAACUACUCCCCGAGGGACAAACGAAUAAGACAGAGGUUUCAUGGGAGGACCAACAAAGAAUCAAUGAGUUUUCAAAACUUAUCAAUCGAAAAGAUCAGUUUGAAGUGGAACUAGCUGAAUUAUCUCACGAGAAAGACUAUUUGGACGACCUUUCCUUGGAGAUUGAGCUACUGGAUGAUGACGAAAAAGUUAAUUACAAACUAGGAGACACUUUUGUGUUAUUGAGACACAGUUCUGUAGUGACACGAUUAGAAAACGACAACCUCGUGCUGGCUAACAAAAUGACGGCACUAGAAAAUAGUAUAGAGGUUACCCAGGAGAGAAUGAACGAACUGAAGAACCAACUUUACGCUAAAUUUGGCCAAUCAAUUAAUUUAGAUAGGUAG